ACUGUUCCGGGCUUCAUCAAAGUAACCGUCGGCCCAGGUUUCGCUGUCAAGGACAUUCGUGGCGGCUAUCAAUCCUGUGUCGUGGUGUUGGGUAACCUGCCCAUGAUAGUCACCCUCAACGACGUGAAUCAGCUCAUGGAACCGUUCGGCAGUCUGCACGGUCUCAGGCUUCGUGCAACCGGCACCGGUCGUGGAAGGACGAUGGACGCGAUCGCAGUAUAUGACACCGCUGUAGAAGCCGCGCAAGCUUGUUUAGCGAUGCACAAUUCCAUGCAUUUCGGGCGCACGAUUAGCGCGAAGAUGAACACGAAACCAGACCAUGCUCGCCUCCGACUCGAUGAUACAUCAAUCUCGCUGGAAUGGCCUGCCUCUCAAAAGACCGCAUACCUAGGCUACAAGACAUUGAAGGCAGCGGAGAAGGUCAUCUCCUCCAUGAAUAACCUGGAAUGGAAAGGCGGAUGGUUGACAGCAGAACUGUAUACAGGGUUACCUGUCGUCGGUGCCUACACUAUUCGCGUUAAGGGUCUUCCAUCCGGCGCAAAGCUCAACGACAAGAAGCUGUUCGGUACCCCCGAAGGGAUCUCAGUGGAACGCCCGUGUUAUAUCUCCCAGCAAGAAGCCGAACAAGGGAUCAGAAAACUGAUCAGACGCAGUAAAGGGUUUCAGAGCAUCGAUAUACAGCCCGCACCAUACAAGGAUGGCAUGGUGCAUGCGAUCGUCAGAUUCACGUCCGCUAGAGAGGCCAAACGCGCUGCUGCUUCGCUGGAUACGUCAAACCACAAGUUUCUUGGAAAGGCGUCACUGCGCGCAUGUCACAUGCAGUUCAUGUUGCAUACGCUGCCGAAAUUCUCCUUCGAGCUUUUGCGCGACGACAUCCUAGCCCUUCAGGAGGCGACAUCAAAAAGCGGGGAAGCCAGGCUCUUCGUCGAUCCAGAGCCUCGCAACGAUGCGCUCCGUUACGUCACCUUCAGGCUUGUCGGUAUCACCUCGAAGGGACUCGGAAAACUAAAUACACAAUUCCAGAGUCUUUUGCUUGGUGAGACCGUUCGUCAUAAUGGCCGUAUCGCAUGGGAUGAUUUCUUCAAUACCGUACCUGGCCAUUGUUUCCUGACCACGUUAGGCGAGAAUUACACAAAAAUUCAAGUCCAGAAGGAUCGCCUCCGACGCACUGUAUCCCUGUUUGGUCCGUCCGCUGAGCGUCGGAAAGCCGCUGACGAAAUUGUGGCGAAGAUCGUUGAGCUGCAAGCCCAGACACGUCAUGUUCUCCCUUUGACCGGAAGCCUCGUCGGUCUACUGAUGAGCCCGGAAUUGUACCAGCUUCAACAGAAGCUAGGAGCUCAGAACGCCCUUUUCGACGUACGGACACGGAAAUUCAUCCUACGAGGUGACGAUGAGGCGUUGGAAGAUGCUCGAAUUGCUCUUCUCAAGGCUGAAUCCCGGUACCCAACACCCCCUCGCGCGGACGCGGUCGAAUGCCCCGCUUGUCUCAACGAAGUGACCUCCCCCGUUACAUUGCAAUGCAGCCACUCAUGGUGCAAAUCUUGCUUGGCAAGUUAUAUUAGCUCUGCGACGACAGAUCACAAGCUAUUCCCGUUGACGUGCAUAGGGAACGAAGGCCAAUGCGAGUGCAUCAUCCCCUUAGACACAGCCCAGGAGGUCCUGUCAACGAGCCAAUUCGAGGACAUCGUUCAAGCUUCCUACAUAGCGCACAUCCAUUCGCAUUCAGACGAUUUCCAGUUCUGCCCGACACCAGAGUGUCCGCAUGUCUACCGGACCGCACCCCCGAACUCCGAGCCUGUGCAGUGUCCCUGCUGUUUGACGCAUAUCUGCCCCAGCUGUAACGUCGAGGAGCAUGACGGCGUCCGGUGCGAAGAGAGAAGGGAAAAUCAGGAAAAGCUAUUCGAGAUGUGGGCGUCGGCCCACGACGUCAAGAAAUGUCCUGGGUGCAAGACUCCCAUCGAAAGAGUGUCCGGGUGCCACCAUAUGACGUGCACCGUAUGUCGCACUCACAUUUGUUGGGUGUGCUCCAAAUCCUUUCCUGGAGGUAAAGGCAUCUACGACCACAUGCAUUCCAUGCAUGGAGGUAUUGGCUUGUAA